CCGCCCGAGCUGGCACUGACCGUUGGCACUGACCGUUGGCGCAGUAAGUCAGGGGCAGCAGUAUGAGAUGAGCCGCUCUUCGGUUUUGAGGAGGUUCCCCUUUUUCUGGAAACGAGGGAAUAAUAUCCAGGAUGAAGAGACCAGACCCCUCGUACCAAAGGAAGACCCUCAGGUGCGUCACCCCUCUUCUGCACCCGGGUACGCGGGUACGGACGACAGCUCCGAGAGCAAGACGGACUCCAGCGCCUCCAGCCGUGAAUACGGAAGCAGCAGCAGGACGUUCCUGAGCCCGCGGAGCAGCAGGACCUCCAGGCUGACGGAUUACCUGCUGAAGUACGUCCUGUUCUCCAGUAACCUGCUGUUCACGGCGCUGGGUCUGGCCGUGCUGGGGCUCGGGCUCUGGGGGCUCCUCAGUAAGGAGUCCUUCUCCCAGGAGAAGCUGGGGAGUCUGGGUACGGACCCCAUGCUGCUGUUCGUGUUCCUGGGUCUGGUUCUGACGCUGCUCUGCGUGACCGGCUGCGUCGGCGCCGUGCGGGAGAACUACUGCCUGCUCCGGAUCUUCUCCGUGGUUCUGCUGGCGCUGGUGGCGGCGCAGGUUCUGGCGGCCAUCGUGGCGUACGGUCUGCAGGGCCGUAUCGCCGACUUCCUGCGUACGGGAAUGCUGACCGCCAUGGUGCGCUACCAGGACGACCUGGACAUGAGGUUCAUCACCGACGAGAUCCAGACCGGCCUGCAGUGCUGCGGCGCCGACAACUACCGGGACUGGCAGAUCAACAGCUACUUUAACUGCUCGGCUCCGGGAGUGCAGUCCUGCAGUGUUCCUGCGUCCUGCUGUGUGGAUCCUCUGGAGAACGGGACGGUGUGGAACUCUCAGUGUGGGUUUGGAGCUCUGCAGCUGGACGAGUUCUCGGCUCAGAGCGUGAUAUUUCUGGGCGGGUGUCUGGGCAGCAUUUCGCGCUGGAUCCAGCAGCACUCCGGACUCAUCAGCACCGUGGUGGUCGUUCUACUGGGGGUUCAGAUCAUCACGCUGGUUAUAACCACACGCCUGCUGGACAGGAUCCAGUGGAACAGAGCUCAAGCUCGUCAAGGACUUGUGAGAACCUGAUGAUACGUACAGUAUCACUGAUAUAAACACUGCGAGCUGCGAGGUGACCUACCGUAUUAAUAUCUGUACUAUACUGUGUGUAGAUAGACCUGCCUUCUGGUCUUAUGGUGCUACAUAAAAUAAAAAAAUUACCGUAUUUUUCGCACUAUAAGGAGCAUUUAAAAUACUUUCAUUUUCCCAAAAAUCACCUUAUGUAUGAAUUCUAUCAGUCAGGUACUAAGGAGCAGUAAAGCCACCUAGCUGAAGUACAGAGUUAUACAGGAGUUUCAGUUUAUUUCUCCAGUAGUAUUAGCAUUAGCUGCUAAACGCACAAAGCGCUAGCUCUUUCUCCGUUCAAAGGUGAGUAUACUGGACUGUACUCUGCAUGUUUACCAUGUUAAAACAGCUAGCUGAUAGCACCCUGGCUUACCGGAACAUUCAGGGUUCCUUAGUUUAGGGCUGACGGGCGAUAUUAGCUGCUAACCUCUAGCACAGGGGUGUUCAAACUUUUUUUGUUGGGGGCCACAAGGAGAAAUAUAUUUGAAGUCACGGGCCACAGACUCUAUAAUAAAACAAAUAAUGAAAUAUACCACUUUAAAUAAUACAUUUUCCUGAUUACUUUAAUUUACACACCAUUUUACUUGACUUACUAUCUUUAUCUUUGAGAGUGUUGUGUAAAUUAAGCUUUUUUCAAAUUGAUGUUUAAUUUCAUGAUGUCUCUUAAUAUUAAACUCCUUAAUUACGGCAACUUUUAGACUCUUUGGCCCGUUUUUCUGCGCUAGAAAUGCGCACUCUAUAGGCUUUUAGACUCUUUGGCCCGUUUUUUUUUUUUUUUCGCAAGAAAUGCACACCCUCUCAGCUUUUAGACUCUUUGGCCCGUUUUUCUGUGCUAGAAAUGUGCACUCUCUCCACUUUUACACUCUUUGGCCCGUUUCUGACACCUAGCGUUCAAACUUUGAAUCUCACAUUAUAAAAACCUGCUUAUCAGCGGGACAACUUUCAUUCUAUUUCUAAAAUACCUCGUGGGCCGCUCCAAAAAAGGAAACGGGCCGCAAAUGGCCCGCGGGCCGUAGUUUGGACACCCCUGCUCUAGCAGUUAGCCACUAAUGCUAUUGUUCCACGCUUAGUGUUGGAGGAAUUCGGGAAUCUAAGCUUACUGUAAAUAAAUGGAAGCGCUUUACAAAUAAACAGUUUUCAGGAGAGAAAUCUGUGUAGAUUAACAUCCAGCGCUCUUUUAACUUUAAAAUUAUGUUUUUUUUUAAGAAUUACAUUUUUAUUUACUUCAUUUAGCUUAACUUUACAGGUCUGUUUAUAUUAUUAGUUACCAAUCGUGCAAAGCGCAAGCUCUUAACCGCUCUUUCAAGCACUAGCUGACUAUUAUCAUCCUAUAGCCUGCUGCUAACCCUGGCUAGCACUGCUGGAGCAGCAUUAGCAUUACCCACUAACAGUGCUUAGCUGCUUGGCACUAGGAGUUAGGCCCCAAUGCUAAUGCUCCAGCUUUACUGAAAAUCUGUGAAUCUAAGCUUACUGUUACUAAAUAGAAGCGUUUUAUUCCCCCAAAGGAAACAAAUCUGUGUGGAUUAACAUGUCUGAAAUGUGUUUUUAAGAAUGACAGUUUUGUUUAUUUAACAUAGCAUAGCUUCACUAACUAUUCAGACGGAAAACUUGGAUACUACUACUAGUUACUAGUGUCACAUAAAAUCCGGCUUAUAAUCCAGUGCACCUUAUAGUGUGAAAAAUACGGUACAGAAAUUGAUAUUUGGUGGAAUAACCCUGAUUUUUAAUCACAGCUUUAAUUCUGUUCAUGUCUUGGCAUCAUGUUCUCCUCCAAGUCUUACAUGCUGCUUUUGGAUGACCUUACGCUUACACUCCUGCAGAAAAAUUCAAGGAGUUCAGUUUUGUCUGAUGGCUUUUGACCAUCCGUCUUCCUCUUGAUUCUAUUCCAAUGGUUUUCCAGGAAUGUAACAGGUUUAAAUGGGGUUCAGUUUUGGAGAUUGACCAUCAACCAAUCAGUAUUCCUGAUUGGAAUAUUCCUGAUCACUGUGAGCUUCGGACCAAAGACGAACAGAACCAUCCAGACUGUUCUCAGCAACAAAUCCAAGAGCCCGGUUCUGUCAUGAUACGGGAUUACAUCAGUGCUGUAGUAUUAACACAGAAAAGAACAUCUUAAAUAUCUUACAACAACAUAUGCUGCCUUAAAGAUCACAUCUCAACACCUUUCCCAGGGACAUGCAUGCAUGUUUCAUUCAACAAGACAAUGCUAAACAACAUGCUGCACACAUUAUUAUGCAGUAAAGGAUUUUUGGAUUGUGUUUUGGGUCUGAAAUGCAGGAAUGGAUGUUUAUUAAAAAAGGAAAUUAAGUUGAG